AUGAGAAGGGAUUUGAUGGGACUUAGGUCACAGUGGGAAAGUGAUUCGGAAUUUUUGAUGCUGUCAAGAAAGUGGAAAAGGGAAGAUUUAAAGGAACGUAAUCGUUAUCUUGGAAUGAAAAUUUACAAAGAUGUGGAUUUAGUUUGUGCUAAAUUCAUUUUUUGUCUUUCACUAAUGGAAAGUUUCAAUUUUCUUAGACAUGUGCAUCGUUGGGUAAACUACAAGAAGCAACAAAGAUGGAUGUAUGAUAGCAAGGAUGAAGCUAAUAUUCAAAUUAUAUCCAUGCCGUCAUGUGAAGGCAUAAACCAACUUUCAUAUUUUUACUACGUUUCUAGUUAUCAAGCAAAGCUUUUCCAAACGAUAAAAAAGCAAGAGAAUCAUGAUGAAAAUUUAAAGAAUCGUUUCACUCAAAUGACUAAAAGGUGCUUUAAACGAUGCUGUGUUGAACAAUGGAAAAGCAUUUUAGACAAAGUAAUAGAUUAA